AUGGCGAUGCAAGCGGCCAAGAGAGCGAACAUUCGACUUCCACCUGAAGUAAAUCGGAUUUUGUAUAUAAGAAAUUUGCCUUACAAAAUCACAGCUGAAGAAAUGUAUGAUAUAUUUGGGAAAUACGGACCUAUUCGUCAAAUCAGAGUGGGGAACACACCCGAAACUAGAGGAACAGCCUAUGUGGUCUAUGAGGACAUCUUUGAUGCCAAGAACGCGUGUGAUCACCUGUCCGGAUUCAACGUUUGUAACAGAUACCUCGUGGUUUUGUACUAUAAUGCCAACAGGGCAUUUCAGAAGAUGGACACAAAGAAGAAGGAAGAACAGUUGAAACUUCUCAAGGAAAAAUAUGGCAUCAAUACGGAUCCACCAAAGUAA